AUGUUAAUGAUGAUUUUACGUUUUAUAAAUCGAUUCGUUAGAAUUGGUUGUAGAUCAAACGAAGUUAAUAUAGAUGUAAAUUUAAAUGCUAUCAAAGCAAAAGCUGAAGAUAUUCGUAAUCUACUGUUAACUACAUCGACUUCGAAUUGGGAAGAUGCACUCGGUCAUUUCAUUGUGUUAUCCGGUGAAUAUAGUGCUUUGAUGCACGAGAUAUCAGAGUUACCAGGUUCUGUUGCUGCCGUUCCAAGUGUCAUUGGUCCUGAUCAAAAUCAAAAUUUGAAUGGUAGUUUGGUGGAUAUCGACAAGGAGUUUGAAGAGAAGAUUAGAGACAGACAGAGAUUCAAACUGGCGAAAUCUACUUCCAAUGUGCAGACAAAUACUUUGCGUGAUAUCCUCUCUGCAACAAUGCUUGGAAAUGGUUUGAGAAUACAGCAGCAACAGUUACCACCACAACCUAUUGCUCAGCCAAUCCAACAGCAGCAGCAGCAGCAACAACAGCAAUCGACAAUUCAACAACAUAAUGCACAACAAGCAACUGCAGCGAGUGCAUCGUCAUCUACACAGCAACAACAACAACCUGUUGAAAAGCAACAAGCAACAGCAGCAGCUCAACAACAACAUGCAGCACAAACUGCACAGCAAGCAAUGCAUCAUCAACCCUCACCACCUAUGCUCCAACCAUCUAAUCUGCCACCAAACAUUGCUGCUACGAAUGCACAACAAGCACAUGCACAUCCACCUCUCCAACAACAGCAACAACCACAACUCGUACAGCAACCCGUUCCACAAAUACAUCAGCAACAGCAACAACAACCAAGUCCUAUUUCACAACAACAUCAGAAACAUCCACAACAAAUGCAACAACCACCAAUCGUACAUCAAAUCACAACACCUACAACACCAACUGGUGUCGUACACAAGCAACCUCCUAACAUACAACAGAUGCAGACUUCACCACCCAUUCAGCAUGCUGUUCCAUCGCCUCACCCAUCCACUCCAACAUCGAUGCAAAAACAACAACAGCAACAGCAGCAGCAACAACAAGUUCCAGUUCAACCGAUGCAAGUACAACAAUCAACUAUGCAGCAGCCACAACCCAUGCAUAUUCAAAAACAAGCUGCACAUAUUCCAGUACAUAAUUCACCGAUGCAACCAUUGACUGCACAACAACAUCAAUCACCUAUUCAACAACACUCGCCUGUCCACACGCCAACCACUGCAACACAUUCACAGUUGAACACAGCCACUUCACCUGCACAGAUGACACAUCCACAACAGAUCCAACAACAACAGCAACAACAACCAAUCGUACAUCAAAUCGGCACACCUCAAGAUCAACAUGUUCAACAACACCAUACUCCUCAGCAAUUGCAUCAACAACAGGUUCAAAUACAAAACCAACCAUCCGUUGCAUCGCCCCUCCACGCCGUUGGAGUGCAGACACCAACACAACAGUUACAACCACCACAAUUUAAUCAACACCAAGCACAAAUUUUACAACAACAUCAAAUGCUAUUGCAACAGCAACAACAACAGGCAGCUCAACAGCAACAUACUCCACAACAACCGGCACCUCACACACCUAUCAAUCCACUGACACCAACUCAACCAACAAGAAUGGUCAAUACACCAACUCAGAUGACUAUUCCUUCACCAUCACCCUCACAAGCAUUCACACCACAACAAGUCAUGGCAUCGACAAAUCCUCAACAACUGGUUGGCAACGUGGCAGCACAACAAGCAAUGGCACUUCAACAACAGGGUGGCAUUGUAGGUGGUCAGCAGGCACAACAUGCAGUUGGUCAGGUCACCGGAAUGGCGGUCCAACAGCCACACCAGCCCAUUGCCAACAUUGGACAACAGGUUGGUGUCCAGCAACAGAAUACACAACAACAGCUGUACGCACUACAGCAACAGCAACUAUUUCAACAACAGCAAGCUGCUAAACAACAACAGCAGCAACAGCAGCAACAACAACAGCAACAACAGAAUCGACCGACACCACCAACCAUCAACAAGAACGUUGUAAGUUUUCUUCAGCAAACCGUUGGUAAUCCACCACCGGCAAUUCAUAAAAUGGCAGGUACACAUCAAGAUUUUACUUCUACUAAUCCAACGCAACAACAAGUUGGAAUUCUUCAACAGCAACAGUCUCAACCUAACAACCAGCAAUCUCUAGGUAUUCAACAACAAGCAGGUAUCGCACAGCAGCAGCCGCAACAAACCGGAGGUGUCAUUCCACAACAAGCCGGAAUGGUACAGCAGCAGACCCAACAAGCAGCCAACCAGCAGGUCGGUGUCGUCCAACAAGCAGGUGGAGUUAUUCCACAGCAAGCAGGAAUGGUUCAGCAACCAAACCAACAAGCCAAUAUCGGUAUGAUGAAUCCUCAGUACCAGUUGAUGCUUCAACGACAGCAGCAAGCCGCUGCCGCUGCCGCUGCUCAACAACAACAGAACCAACAGACUCAACAACAACAACAAAAUCAACAAGGACAACAGCCAACUCAACAAAACUUCACUGGAUUGCAAGCUGGCGCUCAAAUUCCGAAUCAGUUCACCCCACAACAAGCUCAGCAAAUGCAAGCAUUGAUGAAGCAACAACAACAGCAACAACAAGCACAACAGGUUCAGCAGGUACAACAGCAACAACAGAACACUGGUGUGCAACAACACCCAAUGCAAGUACAAUACCAGCAAGCAGGUCAACAAGGAGUCGGUGUCCAACAAAUCAAUCAAGCCACUCACAAAGUUGCACCGAUGCAAGGAAUACCAGGUCAGAUGCAAGUCGGACAACAGGUUCCUGGACAACAACAAAUUCCAGGCCAGCAAAUUGGUCAACAAGUUCCUGGACAGAUGGGAAUGGCUGGACAAUUCCAAAGACCAAAUCCUCAAUUUGCCGCUAACGCUGCAGCGAUGCAACAAAAAGCCAACCCAAUACAAAUGGGACAACAAACAUUGACUCCUCAACAACAGCAUAUUCUUCGGGCAAGACAACAAGCCGGUCAGUUACCUGGUCAAGUCCAGCAGAUUCCCGGCCAAAUUCAACAGCAGAUUCCAGGUCAAGUUCAACAACAGAUUCCAGGUCAAGUUCAACAGACUGUAAAUAUUCAACAAUCUCCUCAGCAACAACUGCAACAACCACAACAACAACAGUACCAACAACAACAAGUUCAACAAAAUCAACAAGCUCAACAAACUCAACAACAACAAACUCAACAACAACCUUACUAUCAGGUUGGUGUGCAACAACCACAACAACAGACCCAACAACAACAACCACAAAUGGCAAACCAACAACAACAACCUCAACAACAGAACUACUACCAACAACAACAGGCUCAACAGCAACCACAACAACAGACUCAACAACAACAACAACCACAACAAACUCAGCAAGCACAAAUGGCAAACCAACAACAAUAUCAAGUUCAGUAUCGUCCGAAUGCAGUUCAACAACCAGGUCAACCGGUACAACAGCAAUUGAAUCAAAUCCCACAACAAACACAACAAAGAUUCAUUCAACAACAGCAACAGCCAGGUCAACAGAUCCCAAUGCAAUACCAACAAAUGCAACAGCCACAGCAACAACAGCAACCACAACAAACUCAACAACAAAUGCAGUAUCAACAGUAUUUACAACAGCAGCAACAGCAACAACAACAGCCACAGCAACAACAACCACAACAAGCUCAACAACAGUAUUGGACUGGACAAUAA